UGUGUUGGAGCAGGAAACACGUGCAGAGGAUUCUCCAGGGCUCCAGGAGCAGUUUAUAAAGCAGCUUAUUUGAUAGCUUCAUGCCUAACAAUUCAGUUCGUGUGUUUACAGUAGCCUAGCUACGACUCUUUUUUAAUAAUUAUUAUUAUUUUAGUAAACAAACAAACAAAAUUAAUGGCAUGUGCGCGCUGAUUGGUUCCCGCAGCAGCACCCGCCUUUCACGCGCCACACGCGUGUGCGCUCCAGACUCGCCUACUUAAGGGGGGUUUCUUGGUUGUUUUAAGUUUUCACCCCCCUCUCUAUCCCGAUGACUCGCGAUGGUGUUUUCUCUGCUGCGCUACAUCCUGGCGGCUCACGGCUCCAUGGAGCCCGAGGACCAGCGUCACUUCCAGCCGUGGCGGGAUUACUUGGGUCUCGCGGACACGGUGCGUGCGAUGCGGGAAACCUCUGGUCCCGAACCUCACCAGGUCCGGGAGUUCGGGUUUACGCCCGAGAUUUCUCAUCACCGGGGCCGUAAUGCUGCAAUGCUCCAGACUUUCCCCGAGCCUGAGAUGUCCGUGUUCAGAGGAAGACCGAAAACGCAGAUGGGGCGACUGAAGUGCGGUCGUACCGGGACCACAGGGCCUCCACCUCCAUCACCUCAAGGUUCUCGCUCUGGGGAAAAGUUCUGCAGUUUCUGCAAACAUAACGGCGAGUCUGAACAAGUGUUCACGUCGCACUGCCUGCGGAGCCGCGGCGGAGCAGUGGCGUGUCCUUACCUGCGCCGCUACGUGUGUCCGCAGUGCGGGGCGACGGGCGACCGCGCGCACACCAAACGCUUCUGCCCGCUCGUGGACAGCACGUACGCCUCCGUGUACACCCGGCCUGCCCGUAAAUGACCGAAAAUCUGAACCCCACUCUCACACUCGCUACCAAACUGUAGGUUAUUCUUUUUUUUUUUUUUUUACUUGGGAAGGUGAACAAGAAGCUUUAGACAAAAGCUGCACAGGUACGUCAGCGGUCCUUAAAGUCCGGUACUGUACCUGGAAUGCUUUUAUAUGUAGGCUUCAACUAUAUUUUCAAAAGGUACUAAAGAUGUACCAGUUAUGAUUCAAUUUCAGAGAAAAGCUCAAGUACAGUUGGUGCUUUUUAUCUGAGAGUGGCUGUAGAAAGUUGUAAGUCCUUUUAAAAAAAAAAAAAAAAAAAAAAAAAAUCAGCAUUAUAUUUUUAAUGUCUGCAUUACUGUGCUUAUUAUUAUGGCUUAGAGCUGUCGGGUUUAGUUGUUUGAAACUCCGGAAUGACCUGCCCUGGGUUUACAGCUGUAACACCUGGAACGCUGUGGGUGUCAAGAGUUUUGCUUUACUAACUUUGUGUGCACUUUGUGUAUGCACUUGUGUUGUGUGUUUAUUUUGAUUGGUGUGUUUUGUUUUGAAGCUGAUUUCUCUAACGAGCUUGUGCUCAGGCCUCUCUGGCUCAUCACAGGUGCAGCAUGUUACAGGUGCGGGUCUAUGCAGGGCUUCAUGAUGGGACCGUGGCUCUCCGACCUGCUAUUUUUCUGCUCCAUUUUAUUGUCCAUUCGAAGAACUUCUGACGUGUUGUGACUUUUUAAAGUGUUUUAGACCAUUUGGGAUUUGAGUUAAUAUACUUUAUAUGCAUGUAACAAGCCUCAGUGCUGCAUUUGUUUUUAUAUAUUAUAUAAGACGUAAGUGUUGGACUGUUUUGGUACGAAUGACCUCGUCGAUGCCUCUGAAUCUUCUGCAAUUCUGUAAGUUUCAAUUUCUAAUAUAUUUAAAGUGUGAGCUCCA